AAUAGUGGUUUGAAACGGUUUAGUGUAUCGUUAUCACCCGAUUAGUUCAGUAAAAAUAAUGUUGCUAUUAUUUUUACUUCUAUCAAUAGUUCUAUCAAUAUUAUUGUUGAUAACCAUAAAUACAAAGAGGAAUUAUUGGAAAAAGCGGGGCAUUAAGCAAAUAGAUUCGGACGCCUGGCAUUUCUUGUUGGGCAAAUGCGCUUUAUUCGAAGUAUAUAAAAAAAUAUAUGACAAUCAUCCUGACGAAGAUUGCGUUGGAACGUUCGUGGGAUAUAAGCCAGUGUUGAUUUUAAAAAGCUUGGAAGACAUACAAGCAGUUUUACAAGGUGACUUUCAAAGUUUUUACGGUCGUGGAUAUAAAACGAAUCCUAGAGACACUUUGGCGGACAAUCUGCUUUUGAUGGAUGAUUACGCCCGGUGGAGGCUGGUGAGACAAAAAAUGACGCCAAUGUUCACUGCGUCAAAAUUAAAAAAUAUGUUUCCCAUGAUAGAACGGUGUGCGUCGGAUUUCGUCCAGUAUAUUAAAAUGAAUCAACAAACUAGAGACAACCUUUUUGAAGAGCUCCACACGUAUUUUUCAGCUUCGAUCAGUGCAUCUGUGUUUGGUAUUAAUUGUAAUUCUGAAAAUAUUAUGAUAAAUCCAAUAAUAGAUAUGGGCUGGAACUCUGCCCAAUCACUAUUAAGCUUUAACGUUAAGUUCGCAUUAUCAAAUCUGUUUCCAGAUUUGUUCAAUUAUCUUAAUUUAAAGACAUUUGGUGAUAAACGAUUCAUUGUUAAAUUAUUUAAAAAAGUGCUAAACAAUCGUCGUUCUGUGAAAGCAAGGGGUCACGAUUUCAUACAAGCGUGUUUAGAAUUACAAAAUGAGGGUAUGAUGAAGGAUACCUUGAGUGGUUUUGAAAUAACUGCUACAGAUGAACUGUUGGCAGCACAAGCAUUUUCUUUCUUCAUAGCUGGAGUGGAUACAUCUGCUAAUAUGAUAAACUUUACUCUAGUAGAACUUUCUAAGAACCCAGUAAUUUUGAAGCGUCUGCAAUAUGAAAUAGAUAUGAUUUUCGAUAAUUGUAAAGAACAAAUUACAUAUGAGGAUAUACUAAAAAUGGAAUAUUUAGAAAUGGUUAUACAUGAAUCGAUGAGAAUGUAUCCGCCUAUAGCAUUAAUGCAAAGAAUGUGUACGAAGGAUACAGUUCUGCCUGGUGCCAAAAUUAAAAUAGAAAAAAAUACGUUUGUCAUCGUACCAAUUUAUGGAAUACACCGAGAUGAAAAAUAUUUUCCCGAUCCCGACGUGUUUGACCCAGAAAGAUUUAAUCCAGAUAAUAUAUCAAAAUUAGUGAAACUUAGUUACAUGCCAUUCGGAGAAGGAAAUCGUAUGUGUAUAGGAGCCAGAUUCGCACAUCUGCAAAUUAAGACAGGACUGGCGUGGUUGUUACGAAGAUAUACAUUGAAAGGAUACAAUUACACCUCGGAAUGCUUUGAACCGAAUUUCUUUGGGAUCCGAGAUUCAAAGGCGCGUUACGACUUGAUGGCUAGAAGUGAAGUGUAAUUAGUUUCAUUAACUCAAAUUAUAGAUAAUAAAUAGAUAACUAGUAGAUAA